AUGGACACCAUCCCCGCCGCCGACACGGUCCAGACCUUGCCAGCAACCGAGAGCGCCGAUCAGGAAUACGCUCGGAAGAAGCCGAGCAAGCGCGAAAGUCUGACGAGAAACGCGUGCGCCGAUUGUCGCCGUAGCAAGUGUAAGUGCGACGGCGAACGACCCGUCUGCGCCCGCUGCGCCAAGCGCAACACCGACUGCGUCUACGACGUGCCCGACGACGGCAUCACCAAGAUGCAGCUGCUCGCACAGCAACUGAAGAGCGUGGACCACCAACACCAGCCUCUGGUGAACUUGUUCGAAGCCCUUACGAGCCUCCCCAAGCCCCAAGCGGACGCGCUCCUCGUGCGAAUUCGCUCCGGUGAGGAGCUCGUGGACAUCACCGCGUCUCUGAAGCAGAACGCGCCAUCUGCCGCCGGAGAGUCCACCACCGAUCCAAGUCUGAGUGAACCACCGCUUCGUCCACCUCCGCCAGCGCGCGACUUGCGGGACUGGUUCCCGAGCGCUGAGCCGGGCGGCGCCGAGUGGAGCUCCUGGAGCCAGCGCUGUGAGAGCAGCGAACAGAAGCAGCCGCAACCCGCCGGUGUGGGGUUCGACGAUGCUCGUCAGACUCCACAGGCGAACUGA